CUGGGCAAGCGGAAAACGAAGGACGAAGUCCCCCACAUUCAACCAUGUCCUCUGCCGGCAUCGCCCUCGGCCUAGAGUUUCUUCCUUCGAGGGUCAGCGAGGACGCGCUGGACGGGUCCCGAGCAAGCAGUGAAAAGGGAGGAGCCUUGCAAAGAUGACCCGGCGAGGGGUACCCAGGCCUACGAACAAAAGAAGUGGGGUCUGCUCACGGUGCCCGAGGAGUGAGUGACACGGAAAUUGGGGACGCUGCCCCCCUUCCGGGAGAUGGCCCGGGCUGCAGGCGACACGCACAGGGCGUAGCACGCUAGAGCCGGCGGGAGGGGUGGGCGCGAGCGCUCUCAGGGUCUCACGCGGCUCGGAGGCGCGGCGCGCAUGCUCAGUCUGGCACCUCUCCGGGCGGGGCGGGAGACCCAGCGCUCCGAGGCGGGGGGAGUAGCGCUCGCGCAGCCGCCCCUCACAGGAGCGGGCUCAGCGGCUGCUGCAGCGCUCAGCGCCGGGGCCCUGCCGGAGCCGGGUCUAGCAUGUGCCGCGUCUCCCCGGCGGUGGCGACGGCGGCUCCUCUGCAGCAACAGCGGCAGCAACGGCCGCCAUGGCCAAGUCCAGCGCGGAGCUCACCCGCGAGCUGCAAGACAGCAUCCGGAGGUCCCUGAGCCAAGCGGCUGUGCUCCAACAACAUCGUGUCAAGCUGGAGACGAAGCCCAAGAAGUUCGAGGACCGAGUGCUGGCCCUGACCUCCUGGCGCCUCCACCUUUUCCCCCUUAAAGUCCCAGCCAAGGUGGAGAGCUCCUUCAAUGUCCUGGAGAUCCGCGCCUUCAACACGCUCAGUCAGAACCAGAUCCUAGUGGAGACAGAGCGUGGCAUGGUGAGCAUGCGGCUGCCGUCGGCCGAGAGUGUGGACCAGGUGACGCGACAUGUGAGCUCUGCCCUCUCCAAGGUCUGCCCUGGCCCUGGGAGUCUAAUCCGGCGUGGAAAUGCAGAUACCCCAGAAGGGCCCCGAGACACGUCCCCCAACUCUGAGACUUCCACGUCCACCGCUCACAGCGUCUGCGGUGGCUUCUCCGAGACCUACGCCGCCCUGUGCGACUACAAUGGGCUGCACUGCCGUGAGGAGGUGCAAUGGGAUGUGGACACCAUCUAUCAUGCCGAGGAUAACCGGGAGUUCAAUCUUUUGGAUUUCAGCCACUUGGAGAGCCGAGACUUGGCCCUAAUGGUGGCAGCCCUGGCCUACAACCAAUGGUUUACCAAACUCUACUGCAAGGACCUGCGGCUGGGCUCUGAAGUGCUAGAACAGGUGCUACACACCCUGAGCAAGUCGGGGAGCCUCGAAGAGCUGGUGCUGGACAACGCCGGGCUUAAGACGGACUUUGUCCAGAAGCUGGCCGGGGUAUUUGGGGAGAACGGGAGCUGUGUGCUGCAUGCCCUCACUCUGUCCCACAACCCCAUCGAGGACAAGGGUUUCCUCAGCCUGAGCCAGCAGCUCCUCUGCUUCCCCACUGGCCUCACCAAACUGUGCCUGGCCAAGACUGCCAUUUCCCCUCGAGGGCUCCAGGCGCUGGGCCAGACCUUCGGGGCCAACCCGGCCUUUGCCAGCUCCCUUCAAUACCUGGACCUGAGCAAGAACCCUGGGCUGCUCGCCACAGAUGAGGCCAACGCCCUCUACAGUUUCCUGGCCCAGCCCAAUGCCCUGGUGCACCUGGACCUGGCGGGGACUGACUGCGCCAUCGACUUGCUUCUGGGCGCCCUGCUCCACGGCUGCUGCUCCCACCUCACCUACCUCAACCUGGCGCGCAACAGCUGCUCCCACAGGAAGGGUCGGGAGGCCCCGCCUGCCUUCAAGCAGUUCUUCAGCAGCACCUACACCCUGAGCCACAUCAACCUGUCGGCCACGAGGCUGCCCCUGGAGGCCCUCAGGGCGCUGCUCCAGGGCCUCUCCCUCAACAGUCACCUCAGUGAUCUGCACCUGGACCUCAGCAGCUGUGAGCUCCGCUCAGCUGGAGCCCAGGCUUUGCAGGAGCAGCUGUGGGCUGUCACCUGUGUGGGCAGCCUGGACCUGUCAGACAAUGGGUUCGACUCAGACCUCCUGACACUGGUGCCCGCACUCGGCAAGAACAAGUCCCUCAAGCACCUGUUCCUGGGCAAGAACUUCAACGUCAAGGCCAAGACCCUGGAGGAGAUCCUCCACAAGCUGGUGCAGCUAAUCCAGGAAGAGGACUGUUCCUUGCAGUCACUGUCAGUGGCAGACUCCCGGCUGAAGCUUCGCACCAGCAUCCUCAUCAACGCCCUGGGCAGCAACACCUGCCUGGCGAAGGUGGAUCUGAGCGGCAAUGGCAUGGAGGACAUCGGGGCCAAGAUGCUGUCUAAGGCCCUGCAGAUAAACUCCUCCCUCAGAACUAUCCUAUGGGAUCGGAACAAUACAUCUGCCCUAGGCUUUCUGGACAUUGCAAGGGCCCUGGAGAGCAACCGUACGCUGCGCUUCAUGUCCUUUCCCGUGAGCGACAUCUCUCAAGCCUACCGCAGCGCCCCUGAGCGUACCGAGGACGUCUGGCAGAAGAUCCAGUGGUACUUGGUGAGGAACAACCAUUCUCAGACGUGCCCGCAGGAACAGGCUUUCAGGCUGCAGCAGGGCCUGGUGACCAGCAGCGCCGAGCAAAUGCUGCAGCGGCUGUGUGGACGGGUGCAAGAGGAGGUUCAGGCGCUGAGGCUGUGCCCCCUGGAGCCCGUGCAGGAUGAGCUGCUCUAUGCUCGGGACCUCAUCAAGGAUGCCAAGAACUCCCGGGCGCUGUUUCCCAGCCUCUAUGAGCUGGGCCACAUGCUGGCCAACGACGGACCCGUGAGGCAGAGGCUGGAGUCAGUAGCCAGCGAGGUGUCCAAGGCUGUGGACAAGGAGCUGCAGGUGAUCCUGGAGUCCAUGGUCAGCCUAACGCAAGAGUUAUGCCCCGUGGCCAUGCGGGUGGCUGAAGGGCACAACAAGAUGCUGAGCAAUGUGGCUGAGCGCGUCACUGUGCCCCGGAACUUCAUCCGAGGGGCGCUGCUGGAGCAGGCGGGGCAGGACAUUCAGAACAAGCUGGAUGAAGUGAAGCUCUCAGUUGUCACCUACUUGACCAACUCCAUAGUAGACGAGAUCCUGCAGGAGCUGUACCACUCCCACAAGAGCCUGGCCCGACACCUGGCCCAGCUAAAGACACUGUCAGAUCCGCCAGGGGGGCCGUGCCAAGGACAGGAUCUGUCCUCCCGGGGCCGAGGCCGGAACCAUGACCGUGACGAGACCACAGAUGAUGAACUUGGGACCAACAUCGACACCAUGGCCAUCAAAAAGCAGAAACGCUGCCGCAAGAUCCGGCCAGUGUCUGCCUUCAUCAGUGGGAGCCCUCAGGACGUGGAAAGCCAGCUGGGGAGCCUGGGGAUCCCCCCUGGCUGGUUCUCAGGACUCGGGAGCAGCCAGCCCACAGCUAGUGGCUCUUGGGAAGGUCUAUCUGAACUGCCCACUCAUGGCUACAAACUAAGGCAUCAAACACAAGGGAGGCCCCGGCCCCCCAGGACCACCCCUCCAGGACCUGGUCGGCCCAGCCAGGCGCCAGUACCUGGGACCCGUCAGGAGAACGGGACGGCCACCCGCCUGGAUGAGGGGCUGGAGGACUUCUUCAGCCGAAGGGUUAUGGAUGAAAGCUCCAGCUACCCCCGGACUCUGAGGACCCUGCGGCCAGGCCCCUCGGAGCCGCCACUCCCUCCACUCCAGAAGAAGAGGCGCCGAGGCUUGUUUCACUUUCGCCGGCCCCGGAGCUUCAAGGGGGACAGGGGGCCAGGGUCCCCCACCAUCGGGCUCCUCCUCCCUCCGCCCCCGCCCCCGCCCCCGACUCAGGAGAGCCCCCCCAGCCCAGAUCCCCCCAGCCUCGGCAAUAAUUCCUCCCCCUGCUGGAGCCCAGAAGAGGAGAGCAGGCUCCUCCCUGCAUUUGGCGGGGGCCGGGGGCCUUCCUUCCGCGAGAAGAUGGGCACCGACGGGGCAGAGCCUGGGGAGGGGGGCCGGGCCCCUGGGACAGCACAGCAGCCAAGGGUCCACAGUGUCGCCCUUCCUGGGUUGGGAAGAGCCAAGGGUUGGAGCUUCGAUGGGAAACGAGAGGGCCCAGGCCCAGACCUGGAGGGCAGCGUCCAGCCUUGGCAGAAACGGCGCUCCUCGGACGAUGCAGGGCCUGGAGCCUGGAAGCCCCCACCACCACCCCAAAGCACCAAGCCGAGCUUCAGUGCCAUGCGCCGAGCAGAGGCCACGUGGCACAUAGCUGAGGAGAGCGCCCCCAACCACAGCUGCCAGAGCCCCAGCCCAGCAUCCCAAGAUGGGGAGGAGGAGAAGGAGGGGGCCCUGUUCCCAGAGAGGACAGUUCCUGCCAGGAACGCCAAGGACCCUCCUUUAGCUCUGCGGCCCCCCAAGCCGGUGGCUGUGCACAGGGGCCGCCGGCUCCCCCAGGAGCCAGGGGGCACGGAGGAGGCUGAGACUGGGGAUGCGGCCCCAGGAAUGAACAAACCCCGACUGAGGCUGGGCUCCCAGCAGGACCAAGAGGAGCCUGAGGUCCAAGGGCCCCCAGAUCCGGGCCGCCGGACUGCCCCCCUGAAGCCCAAGAGGACACGGCGGGCACAGUCCUGUGACAAGCUGGAGCCUGAUAGAAGACAGCCCCCUGACCCCACAGCAGGAGCCAGCGAGCCAGGAACAGGGUGACAGCCGCUGCAGCACCCCCCCAGCCCUCCUCUCGACAUGUGCCUCACAAGGACUCAGACCCCCACCCAUCCCCGCACCUCCAGGCCCUUCUGCCAGCCCCUGUCCCACGGACGCAGUACAGCAGGAUGAGGCCUGGGGGUCAGGAAGGGAGGGAGCAGCCUAGAGAGAGAGGUUCUGCUUGCUCUGCAGACCUGGGGCGUGGGGGGUGUCUCCUCACCUGGGAGGGCAGAUCUGUCCCUCUGUCCCCAGGGGCUCUCUCUCCACUUGUAUAGAAUAAAAAAACCAAAAUCACCGCCUGCCCGAGUCUCUGCUGUUCUCCCCAUUCUCUGCUCCCAUUUCCCACCAGCUGCUCCCCUUCCCUCAAGCCCCACAGUGGGGAAAAGUGGGGAACAUCCCCCCCAGAGAUGGGGCUAGAGCUCUAAGGGGAGAGGUAGGAAAGGCUGGAGAGCUGCUGGAUGGGAGGGGACUCAGAAGUCCCCAAGAAGGGUGGCUGUUACGUGCAGGGUCUUGGCUGGGCUGGCUGGAGCAGCGGGGGCACCAACACCAGUGUGUGCUGGGCUUUGGGGAGGUGCAGUGGGAUUGGGGAGAUCCCAGUGUCCCAGGAAGAGACUGGGGAGCAGUGUGCUCCGUGUGUGUGUGUGUAUAUAUAUGUUUAUGCACAGGCAGGCUCACUAAUGGUGGAAUUAAGUGGUAUUGUGUCAUCCUGGGGGCACCAUCAGUAGUCAGAAAUCUCAACAGUAGAGUGGCCUGCAGGUGAGCGGAAGUGCCUAGAGCAGGAGAAGAUCGAUAAUUAAAAUUAAUCGUUUCU